GAGUGGCCGCUGCGUGGGGAACAACAGGCUACCUCCCUCUGUCCUGUGAUGCUGCACAGCUAUGGGACAAAGGAAACAAAAAAACCUCCAGGUUGCUGUCUAACAAAGAGCCAUAAAAUCAUAAAAAUGGGAAAUUAAAUUAUGAGAAAAUUACAAAAACACGUUUUAAAAUAUACAUAGGAUAUUUAUUGUAACCUAAUGGCUUCAUAAUUAAUAUUCAAUGGUGAUUUGUUGAGAAAAGUGAUGAUUUUGUAUGUUCAGUCAAGAUAUCAUUGUCGUUAUUUGGUGGCUUGUAAAGAUAUUUUGGGCCUGAUGUGCUCUGAGCACAGCUUCCUGUGACAGAAAUAUGGAAUAAGAUAUGCUCCUAACCAAAGGGGUAUAGUCCGCCCCAGUGCUGAUAGCAGGGCAGAGUCUGAGCUCCACCACCGAGCCCUGUACUAGCUCCACUGUCCUCAUGUGGCACUAGAUCCAGACUCAGCACAGUCAGGAGCCCAGAAGCUGCAUCUCCAGCUGCGCCAUGACUUCGUCGGACAAUGAUGAGACGGGAAGCAACCUGUCUGAGUCUCUGGAGAUCCGAGAGCUUCAGGACCAGUACACGGACCCAGAUAGCUGCUUCAAAUCCAAAAGCUUGCCCAUCCUGAAUGGACCCUGUCAGCAGGAUCGAAAGGCGGAGGAGCCCCGGUUGGUGCCUACCACCCACACCUGUGUAGCUGUGGAUGAAAGCAGCCACCUACAGCCAAAAACCCCUGACUCCAGCCAGGCAGAGUCUCCCUCCUCCAGGACAGACUUCUCCCCCUCUGUCUCCAGCAUGGUGGGGCUCAGCAGCUCUUUACCUGUGGAGGGACACAGAGCUGCAGGCGGGAAAAAACUGGGGUUCUCUCUCACUAGCCUUAUCCACAUCCCAGCUAGGAAGUAUGUGCGUGUUAUCCUGAGGGACUCUCGCUGCUUUCUGUUCUGCAUGUGCUACCUGACCUUCAUUCAGUCCCUGAUGGUUUCGGGCUAUCUGAGCAGUGUCAUCACCACCAUUGAGAAGCGCUACAGUCUCCGCAGCUCUGAGUCCGGCCUGCUGGUCAGCUGCUUCGACAUUGGCAGCUUACUGGUCGUGGUCUUCAUCUCCUACUUUGGGGGCAGAGGUCAGAGGCCACGCUGGCUGGCAGUGGGUGGUGUAGUCAUCGCUGUAGGUGCAGCGUUAUUUUCUCUGCCACACUUCAUCUCACCACCUUACCAGAUCCAAGAGAUGAACUCCUCAGCAGGCCAUGAAGGCCUGUGUCUCAGCGGGAACAACAGUGGGCGAGACCUGCUUGAUGUGGCAUCGUGCCCUCGAGACCAGGAGGGCAAUGAGCACAAUCUGUAUGUGGCUCUGUUCAUCUGUGCCCAGAUACUUGUGGGAAUGGGGUCAACGCCAAUCUACACACUGGGGCCCACCUACCUGGAUGACAAUGUGAAGAAGGAAAAUGCAUCACUCUAUUUAGCUAUCAUGUAUGUGAUGGGAGCCUUGGGACCUGCAGCUGGCUAUUUGCUGGGAGGCGUCCUCAUUGGCUUCUACGUUGACCCCAAAACUGUAGUCAACAUUGACCAGAGCGACCCACGCUUUGUUGGCAACUGGUGGAGUGGCUUUCUCUUGUGUGCCAUAGCCAUGCUUCUGGUCAUCUUUCCUAUGUUUGCCUUCCCCAAAAAACUGCCUCCACGCCACAAGAAGAGGAAGAAGAAAAAGGUUGGCUCGCCUGGAGAUGUGUCAAGCGAUGAUGAUGUGAUGAAGGAGAAAUCCAGCAGCAAGGGCCAGAACGUUUCCUCCUCCAUGGGCUUUGGGAAGGACAUCAAAGACCUCCCGAAGGCAGCAUUGAGGAUCCUCAGCAACAUGACUUUCCUGUUCGUCAGCCUGUCCUACACAGCAGAGUGUGCUAUUGUCACUGCCUUCAUCACCUUCAUUCCCAAGUUUAUCGAGUCACAGUUUGGUAUCCCGGCCUCCAACGCCAGUAUAUACACAGGCCUCAUCAUUGUACCCAGCGCUGGAGUAGGCAUCGUAUUGGGGGGAUACAUCAUCAAGAAGCUGAAGCUGGGUGCCAGAGAGUCGGCCAAGCUGGCCAUGAUCUGCAGUGGGGUGUCUCUGCUCUGUUUUUCCACUCUCUUCAUUGUGGGCUGUGAGAGCAUCAAUCUGGGAGGGAUCAACAUCCCCUACACCACUGGUCCGACCCUGACGAUGACCCACAGGAACUUAACGGGCAGUUGCAACGUGAACUGUGGCUGCAGGAUCCACGAGUAUGCGCCGGUGUGCGGUUCCGACGGCAUCACCUAUUUCAACCCCUGUCUGGCUGGAUGCAGCACUGUGGGCAACGAUAGCACCGGGAUUAGGAACUAUACAGACUGCGGUUGUGUGCAGAGCAGACAAGUCAUCACUCCGUCCUCCGGCGGACAGGUCAACCAGCUCCAGCUGGUUAUCGUAAAAACCUACCUGAAUGAGAACGGCUAUGCUGUUUCGGGGAAGUGCGACCGUACCUGCAACACCCUGAUCCCUUUCCUCAUCUUCCUCUUCAUCGUCACACUCAUCACCGCCUGUGCCCAGCCCUCUGCCAUCAUUGUCACACUCAGGUCUGUUGAUGAACAAGAGAGGCCUUUUGCUCUUGGGAUGCAGUUUGUCUUGCUCCGAACCCUUGCCUACAUCCCCACCCCCAUCUACUUCGGUGCUGUGAUCGACACCACCUGCAUGCUGUGGCAGCAGGACUGCGGCGUGCACGGCUCAUGCUGGGAGUACGACGUCACCUCGUUCCGCUUUGUGUACUUUGGCCUGGCCGCCAGCCUCAAGUUCGUCGGCUUUGUCUUUAUCUUCCUCACCUGGUACUCGAUCAAGCACAAGGAGGAGCGAGCCGAGCGCUGGCGCCAGCACCUGCCUCCGCUGGGCACGGUGAGCGAGCUCAUAUGUCACGCCGGAGGCCAGAAAAGCCACGCCCGCACCCGUUCCUGCCCCGUGUUCAUACCGCCGCGGCCUGACCCGCCAGCUGCCCUGCUGCUCAACCGUGGUCACAGCAGCCUCAGUUGCCCCGGUAACGCCCUCAAAGCAAUAACCCCACCUAUCCUGUUGCCACACCACCACAGAGGCUCGGCUCAUGUCUGAGAACAGGCCAAACGUCCCUGCGGGGUUCAUUGUGACAUGUGCCUUCCUGUUUCCGUCUCUGCACCACACAGUGUCUGCUUUACACCAAUCAGGCACCAGGCGGGGCUCCAAAGCUGCUGUAGGACUGACAGGCAGAGACACAAGCACGCCCACCAUAAGCAAAGGGCUGUUCAUCAAUAACAAAAGACUGACGGAUGUUCUUUUGUCCUGAGCAUAUCAUCAGCUGCAGCCACACACAACAUCCACAGAAGGUCAGACCUUUAAGGUUUGGGUGAUGUGAAGACAUCCAUGGUGCUACUGUUCAAGGGCAGGGCAUUACAAUUACCGUACAGACAUCAUCAACACGGCGUCUAAAGCACAACUGACAAACCUGUACUAUGCAAGAUCCUAUGUACAGCUCCUCCCUUCUCAAUACUGUACAGCUCCCUCUGUACUCCACAUCUGUACCUCUUUCUUCUUCUUCUCUGCUCAUUUCAAACAUCCUUCCGUGUUGUUAUUGUCUUAACUCAUAAUCCAGUUUUUCCCUUACAGCCUGAGCUGUGAACAUAUCAGCCCUGUCUUUCUCUUGUAUUUGAGCCAUUCAACCUGAUCUCCUGUCUGGUUAUCAUCUUGUUUGCGUCCUCAGAAUCGACAGAAUUUGGGUUUUUUUUUUUUAAAUUCCUCUCAUCUCUUCUUCAUUUUUUGUAACAGUGCCUCUAAGGCUGUCUUGGCCAGUUCAGUACAAUGCUAGCUACCAGGGUAAAAGCUAGCUAUCAAAAAGCCAGUCACUGUCCUCUCAGUUGAGCGACAUUAUUCUGCUAUGUUGCCCUCAGCUUUUGUGUUUGAGUAACUAUGCCUGACAGUAGUUUCUCACCUCAACUUGUAGCUUAAAGCCAAGAAGCAUCAAUGGUACAGUGGAAAAUGCGAGAACUCUAUAUGUCAUUACACACACAACAUCAUUAAAUUAUUUACAUUUAGCCAAAUAGGAAAGGAAAUAAGAAAGGUGUCUCAUCUCUGACCAUGUGCUGAAGCUACUGUAUGUUAAGAUUUUACUUGAAACUGGAAAUGCAAAUCAAAACCUGAGAAAUGUGGUAAAACUGCUGUUUUCUAAACAAAUCUGGACCCAUUUUAAAUGUAGUUUCUUCAAAACAAAAUUAUUUGUAUUUAAUCUAAUGCAACAGCUAACAAACUGAUAAAUGGAUGCAUUGUUUUGGGCUUUGUAUUGUAAAAGCUUCUCCAUUCUAAUGGUCAUCAGAUGUACAUAGUAGUUAUCUAGUAGUCUAGGCUUUUAACGAAGUAGUGCAGCGAGCAUGUAAAACAAUGACACCCCCCCUUCCUCCCUUUUAUCAGCAAGAGUAAUCAGACUUUGGUUAUUCAACUCCUGGGUGUUUGGGGCCCUCUAGUGGACAGAGAGACGAUUGUGUGAAGGCCGGUGAAUGUUGCUGUUGUCAGAUCUACUGUAUGAUGAAACUCUCAGUUAAAAUGCUAAUUAUUGAACUUUAUCACUGCACUAAAGUUAUUAUAACUGAGCGAAACAUGACCUUUUAUCUAUGAGGUUUAAUUUGCAGACCAAUUGAUGAAUGCCUUAGCAGAAAUGCAGUACAAUGUGUUCAUGUCCAGAUUUCUUUUGACCUUUGGCCUAAAUACCUUCAGUAUUUUAUUUCUUGUGUGUUAUUGUGUUAAUAGAGAAGCGGGAUAAUAAGGCCUUUUUGAUGUUGAUGAUUGAUUUCAAAAGAAGAAACUUUUUAGGAGUAUUUUUUCCCCUUUGUGAAGAAACGGGUUAAUAAGGAAAGACUAAUAAAGUUAUUGCAUUUUAUGAUGUUUUUAGAAAAAAAAAAAUCAAUGCAGUGACUAAAUUUCAAAAAUUAACAUUGUUGCCUAAGAGUCCCAGUCGUCUGCCAGGUAAAGAUUAUCGAGUGUUAACGGCAGUGGCUAGUAUUAUUGUGACUUAGUACCUCGAAUUACAUAUUCAUAAGUGAUUAUCAUGUAAAUAUUGACAAAGCAAAUGAAGCAUAUUAUAGAGCUCACACAUAGUUAGAAGCAUAUUUAUGAACUAACCCAUGACAUUGUAGUAAGAAAUAACUUAAAGCUCCAAAAAAAAAAAAAAAAACACACAAAAAAAAACCAAACAGUGGAUUUGUCUCGUGCCUGAUCAGUAUUAUUCACAUUGGGAAGGGUUGAGUUCACAUGUCAUGGGGGAGGGAGUUACUGCAAUGUAUUUUUCUGUCAUGAGGACUACACAGCUGAUUGACAUGCUAAAGGUAUGCUACCCAGAAUGCCCUUCUCCGUAUAUUUGUAAUGAUUCUCUACUCUUCCUCGUGUGCUCUGUAUUUAUAACACUACCAAAAAUUAAAGCCAAUAUAAGCUGAAACAUUUAUUCCAUUCACAACAUAUACACCUGCAUACAAAACCCAGACCCCCCCCCCAAAAAAGUUUAAUUAUAUUAAAUGCUUGGCAAAACAAGGUUUUAUUUUAAAUCUAUAGCUAAGCAGAACUGUAAUUAAUAGCUAGCAUCCAAAAUACUGAUGAUUCUUAUUAUUCAUUACAAGAGCAAUAACCUGAACACUAUAAUAAUUUAACAGAUGUGUGAUUAAGGCACUUUUGACUUUUAGCUCCUUGUGCUUGAAUAGGAAAAAAA